AGUCCUGUCGAGUCCUAUUAAGUCAACACAUGCAUACCUACAACAAGCAAAUGCCAAAGUGCAUUUUCGAACUUCACUAGUAAAGUGGUCUUCGAAUAUAGGCUCUUCACAACACUGUUCCUUCCAUGAAAUGUUAAAAAUUCAACUCAUCAUCAUGUUAAGGGAUUAUUGAUCUCCGAUUUGCAUUAACGUUUGCACGCAUACAACCGGAGUCUUGAACUAUCAGUGGCAUUUAUAUUGGAUUUCCAGGAUUAAUUAAUAUGAUCUAUUGACCGAGUGAGAUUCAUGACCACAUCAUGGCCGACAAUUGCUCCUAUACACCGCUUGCGAAAGAAAUGCUGGAUAAUCUCCUGGAGGAGAAUCCUAAGAUGCUACCAAUCUUGAUAACGUGUACUCUCAUCACCUUGAUAGAAGCUAUAUUAUUCUUUGAAGCUUGGAUGUGGGUGCUACAACAUAUACCCUACAGUGAUCGACGAACAUCUAUUGUUUGGAUCAUUGGUAUAUAUCCGGUAUUUUGUGCAACAUGUCUACUUGGUCUCUACAUUCCAAGGGCUGCUGGAUUAUGUACUCUCACUGGAACAGCUUUUUUCGCUGUCUGUCUAUACGAGUUCAUCACAUUGAUCGUUGACUAUUUCGGAGGUCUUGAUGCAAUGAUCACUAGGAUGGAUGGGACUAAGUUCUCGAUCGCUAGACCACCACUCAUGUGUUUGUUUCAAUGCUUACCAAAACUCAAAAUGACCAGGAGAAACUAUCGCAUACUAGAGGCAUGUGUUUUACAGACUGCUAUCAUUAGACCCGUUCUGCUGUUCAUCACAGAGGUACUCAACAUAGAUGGCUCGAUCAAUGAAAACCCGGACACUGCCUCGACCAUCAUGCUCACAUUAAACUGCAUUACUCUCGUGUCCGCCAUCUUUGCUGUCUCAGCUCUAAUCGUGCUCUUCUCAGCGAGUAAAAACUUUCUGAAACCUUACAGAAUACGGAUAAAGUUUCUCUGUGUGCAAACAGCUCUCAUACUCAGCAACGUCCAGUCCGUUCUCCUUGUCAUCCUUACUCGAUUCGACGUCGUUCAGUGCAACAAACCAUUCAAUACACCAGACAGGGGAUAUCAAUGGCAUUGCUUCCUUUUGACAUUAGAAUCUGGUAUCAUGUUUAUACCUACUCUCAUCAUCUUCCGUACAACCAAUGGGAAUGUGACAAGAAUGAGAGUCCGUCCAAGUACAUUCUCAGGAAUGAUACCAAGUGAUGGCAAACCAAAUGAACAAGAACCUUUGAUUCAUCCUAAAGAUCGUUCAAAAUCGUUCGGUGCUGUCAAAGAAUUAUGACGACAAAAGAAUAAGAAGAAAAUCAGACGGAUGGAGAAGUGGGGAAUCUAUUUCUAUGGAGAUAUAUGAUGACGGACGUAUUGAAUUUGUUGGAAACACAAUCAUGUAAUGUAUGCACAUGUAUUUAGCAUUUGCGUUUCCUACAUAUAAACACUAUGGAUUGGUUGAAAUCUACAUCAUUCAUCAAACAUUCUGCCAGAAGUACAUUAUAAAGUAACCUUGUUUGGAUAAUUUUCAGUAAAAAAGUAUUCAUAAUUUCUACACAAAUUGUAUACAUGUAUUUUUCAAUGCAUUAUUCUUUCAUGUACAAAACAACCAGAAUGUACCUUCAAAAAAUAUGAUACUGUAGACUGACGUGUAUUGUGACAAUUUGUUCCGAAAUGUUGGAUUAAUUAUUGUAACUGACAUUAAUAUGUAGGCCUACAGAGAAUAUUCAUUGAUCUGAUACAUAAAUGUGAUAUCAUGAAGUUGUUUAAUUUGUUAUUUUAUCUACUACCUUGACUUAUUCUUUAUCAAAUGAAAAUGAGAUAUAUAGAGUUAAUCAAUAGUAACUACACAUGCACUCAACCUCACAUAAUAAACAACUGUAGAAAAAUAAAAAAAUUGAUCAAUCAAUCAAUCAAUCAAUACUUUACAAAGUCAGUUAGCCAAUCAUUAAAUCUAUCAAUCCACCAUAAUAUGAUUGAUACAAUCAGAAUGUCACUCACACAAUCUUGAUUUAACAAAAGAAUGAAAUGCAAAUAAUAUGACGAGAAACGUAUAGAGAUAAGGAUACAAAAUUGGAUUUAUUUUCAGCUAAAAUAUCAAAAAGUUUUAAUGGUUAAGUUUUGAUAGAUCUACAUUUCUAAGUCAUUGACAAUGUUCCUUUUGUAAAUGCAAUAUACUUGAAUGUGUAUAUUUCAAAAUGAAAAUAUAUUGAACUUUUGACCUGAAAUAUAUCAAUAUCAUGUUUAACUCUUGUAUCCCAUGUCAUGCUAUUGAUUUUGAAAUCUCAAAACCUGUCCCUAGCAAAUGCAGCAAUUGUAUUCUCAUAAAUAGUUUCUUACCCAAAACUAGGAAUCUCCAAACGCAAUAUUUGGAAUACAAUCAUGUUAGAUUUUAUAAAGUACUUUUUUAAACAGUGGGAAUUACAAACCACAUCAUAUGACAGUAAAUGUAUAUGACUCAUUCAAACAAAGAGAUAUGGUUAGAACCAUUUUUUACCAUGAUAUACCUGCAGGAUGAAUAACCAGAAAUGUGAUAAAAACUUUGUAUAUCAAAUUUCAGUGAAAAUCAUUUGUUUGUGUGACACUGAUGUAGUUCUAGUCAAACAAAAAUUCAGUUAUCAUCAGUAUUGAUCAAGUAACCCUAACCCAGCAAAAUCGUUAAGCACAUGAUUUGAUUCAUACAUAUAACACUUGGGUAGUUAUUCUGUUAAAAUUUAUUUUCAAUCAACAACUGAACAUGAUAUUUAGUCUCUCAAAAAUCAGACAAACAUUUGUCAGUCCAUAUCACAGCUUCCUAUCAAAGGCCUGUAACAUCAAGCUCAGUGAUUGAUCAUAAAGUUGAUUUGAACACUUUAAUAUACAUAAUAACCAAUGUAACUAGUGGUAUAACUUCUAUAAUACAGCACCAUUGCUUUGUGCACAGGACCAAGACGAUGAAGCAAACUGAGUAAAAGCAAUGUUAUAAUGUGAUAACAGUCAUUUCUCUCUCACUUACCGCCUGAAUAUUUGCCUUUUUUGAGAUAUGAGAUUUGUGACCCCACUGCUUCAUGUUGCUUCAGUGUAGUAAUAUAAUGGAAACUUUUAUGUAUAGUAUAGAUGAAGCAAGAGACUAAUUUUCAUUGAAAUCUAUAUGCUUGUAUAAUACAUCAGAGCUGUGCAGAGAUUGGGCAGGUAUUGAUGUUUGUACCAUAUAAUAUACUGUUGUCAGUAUAUCAUGACCAACUAGAUUAGCUCAUCUAAUUAUUAGGUUUUGUUUAAGGAGCAAAGAAUUUGUUCUUUCCUAGAAAAUAUGAACAUAAAUAAAAACGUUUUUAGAAAGGAAACUUUUGAAAAGGAAAAGGUCUCACUGUGAGUGUUAAAGAUGACUCUUGAAAAAGUCUUGAAAACUUGAGAAUCAUAUAUAAAUAACGUUUUUCAAUGAAAUACAUGAAAGUCUGAUAUUAUCGACAUACCUGUAUGUGUUAUACCUGAAAUAAAUUGUUCAAUAUA